UGCGUGUCAAGAAAGGGGGAGGGGCCUUCAGCGGGACUGUUUUUAUUUAUUUCUUUGUUUCAUGUGCGUAAAACAACAACAAUGGUUGGAUAAUUGAAGAAGUGGGAACAUUGAGGAUGAGCGGAUGACAUUUCCAGUUACAGCCACCACCAGACCGAUAUCACCAGUGAACCAAACAGGGGGAGGAUGAAGCGGCGCAAUGCGGACUGCAGCAAACUCCGACGGCCGUUAAAACGGAACCGAAUCACUGAGGGUAUAUAUAGCAGUACGUUCCUGUACCUGAAGUUCCUGGUCGUGUGGGUGUUAGUUCUGCUGGCCGACUUUGUGCUGGAGUUCAGGUUUGAGUACCUGUGGCCCUUCUGGCUUUUCAUUCGAAGCGUCUACGACUCCUUCAGAUACCAGGGACUGGCGUUCUCUGUUUUCUUCGUGUGCGUGGCGUUUACGUCGGACAUCAUCUGCCUCCUCUUCAUCCCCGUCCAAUGGCUGUUUUUCGCUGCCAGCACCUACGUCUGGGUCCAGUACGUCUGGCACACAGAAAGAGGAGUCUGUCUACCGACUGUUUCGCUGUGGAUCCUGUUUGUGUACAUCGAAGCUGCCAUCCGGUUCAAAGACCUGAAGAACUUUCACGUGGACCUGUGUCGACCCUUUGCUGCUCACUGUAUCGGCUAUCCGGUGGUCACCCUGGGCUUCGGCUUUAAGAGCUACGUCAGCUACAAGAUGCGACUGAGGAAACAGAAGGAGGUGCAGAAGGAGAACGAGUUCUACAUGCAGCUUCUACUGCAGGCUCUACCGCCAGAGCAACAGAUGCUGCAGAGACAGGAGAGGGAGGCAGAGGAGGCUGCUUUAGCUAAAGGGAUCUCCGAGGUGGAACCCGCCGUUGUAUCCCAGAACGGAGCACCUCCUGGAAAGAAAAGCACUCCGGUCCCGCUGCCAGAGCUGGAGUACCGGGAAAAAGGGAAGGACAGUACCGCAAAAGAGCGCGAGGGCAAAAAACAGAACGCGGUUGGAAUCAAUAACAAUAGUAUUAUACACGCACUGGACUCCAAACUGCAGGAGGCGGAGUAUAUAGAGAACUACGUCGGGGCGAAGAGACUGAAUAACGACCUGGCAGGAGAGAACACGCACGCCGACGCCAACACGCACUCGGCCUCUAAAGAGGAAACGGCGGGGGCGGGGAAGAACUACAAAAAUGCCGGCGGAGGCGGGGGUAACAUUUCCAACUCGUCCCCGCGGAACCACAGUUCUUCAAAUGGCAGCGUCCCGCCGGGUUCCUCCACCAGUAAGAAUGAGAAGAAGCAGAAGGGGGCGGGGAAAGGGCAGAAGGAUCCGGUGGAGAACUGCAUCCCCAACAACCAGCUGGGCAAGCCGGACGCUCUCGUACGGCUGGAGCAGGACGUGAAGCGUCUGAAGGCCGAUCUUCAGGCCAACCGGCAGUUGGAGUCGGAGCUGCGGAGUCAGGUCUCCUCUCUGAGCAGCCAGGACCGCAGCCUGCGCUCCGAACUGGGCCAGCUCCGCCAGGACAACGAGCUGCUCCAGAACAAGCUCCACAGCGCCGUCCAGGCCAAGCAGAAGGACAAGCAGACAAUCUCCCAGCUGGAGAAGAGGCUGAAGGCCGAGCAGGAGGCCCGCGCCCUCGCUGAGAAACAGCUGGCUGAGGAGAGGAAGAGGAAGAAGAUGGAAGAGGCCACUGCUGCCCGAGCCGUGGCUUUGGCUGCUGCCACCAGAGUGGAGUCGACGGACUCUCUGCGUGGUCGUAUCAGAGAGCUGGAGAACGAGUGCAAGAAGCUCAGCAUGGACAUGAAACUCAAGGAGGAGCAGAUCCGGGAUCUAGAGGGCAAGUGUCAGGAGCUGCGGAAGUACAAAGAGAACGAGAAGGACACAGAGGUGUUGAUGUCGGCGCUGUCGGCCAUGCAGGAGAAGACCCAGCACCUGGAGAACAGCCUGAGUGCUGAGACCCGGAUCAAGCUGGACCUCUUCUCUGCACUGGGGGAUGCCAAGAGGCAGCUGGAGAUAGCACAAGGUCAGAUCCACCAGAGGGAGCAGGAGAUCGCCGAGCUGAAGCAGAAGAUAGCCGAGGUGAUGGCGGUGAUGCCCAGCCUGUCCUACUCCUCAGACGGCAGCAACCUGAGCCCCGUGGCCCCGCACUACUCCUCCAAGUUCAUGGACAAUAGUCCCUCCUCCCUGGACCCCAACGCCUCGGUCUACCAGCCCCUCAAGAAGUGACUCUGACAGCCACGCGUGUCCUCAGACAGAACUUUGUCUCUUUCUUUACGUUGGCGAAGCUCUCUGCUUUUUGUUUACCAGCCCCUGACAGGUCUUUGCACUCUAAUGUACCACAUACAGACACCAGCCCCCUCCAUACAUAUGUGUGUUUUUGGUUCUAUUAUGAGAACUAUUCUUUUGAGAGGGUUGUGUACAAUCUUGAGUUUCUUUUGGAGUUUUGGGAUUUAGCCAUUAGCCAGCGUGAUCUGUUUGAAGGGGGAGAAAUGAACACACGAUUCAUUGGUCAAAAGUCUCCCGAAGAGCCGCCAUGCAUCGCUCCAUGCCCCCCCCCGCCAUAUGUUCUUCUAAAGUGACCCGACACACAGACGUUUCAUUUCUACAUGAUGGUUUGUAUUUAGACAGAAGACAGUUUCCUGUAAAGUGAAUGACAUGAAUGUAAAAACUAUUCAUGCUUUUCACUGAAAUCCCUGAUCGUUUGUUUUGUAACGUCUCAGUUCAGUUUUGUACAUUUCUUCUAAAAGAUAUUGAACGGAUAAACGUUUGCUGCGUCCUUCAGAUGUUCCAAUAUGAUUCAUCCUCUUCACGCUGAAGCCUCCGGGAUUAUCGGUUAGUCGAUGAAGCAAAACCAGAAAAAACUGUUAUUGCUAGAUUUGACCAGGCACUGCCAAAAUGUUAACGUUCUCCUGUUGUUCUGCUGCAGACACCUUUCCUCUCCCUCUGGACCAAAUUAGAACCCGCUAGGCCACAUUGUUCACCGGAUUUAAUGAUGUCGAGGUAACCGGUCGUUACCGUGAUUUGCAGAUUUUACAGUGCCUUGCCGUUUCUCUUUUUAAGAUGCAAAAACCACAUACUUUGCAAUCCUGGGAUCAAAAAAAGCAUCAGAGCUUCAAAGCCGUGUUUCUCUCGCUCCGAUUCAUGCAUUCAUUCAAGACUUCUCUCAAUCUGAUCCUUUCAAUUCAGUAUUCAAAGGCUAAAACCAGUUGAUCACGAUGUCACGGACUUAAAGGGAAAACAGAACACUGGACAUGGUACGCGUCAUUUCACAGUGACAGAGUCUUGGUGCGCCAAAACGCCAACCAAACUGAUUGUCUCUCAUCGUGCCCUAAGAGUCGGCUUUUAGCUGUUUACAACGAUGUACAUUAACUUACUGAGGAAUGUUUUCUUUGUUUGUUUCCGUUCUUAAGUGCCAAGUGUUGAUGUUCGGUUGCCCAUCCAUACUUCGACCGAUGUAGCUAGCAUAACGAGUGAUGUCGUCAUUAGACCAUGUUCAGAUGGUGUUGUGUUUACAAGGUGCGGGGCUGAUCGUGGCGAAGCAGCAGGUGGUCAGUAAACUCCCGUUUUAUUUAUUUGUUAGAAACCUGUAUUGAGUGGCUCCUCCUUGAUAUUUCCCAUCAUAUUCAGUUGAUUUCCUAUAUUUUCUACCAGGAAGGAUUCUGUGAAUGUGAUGUGUUGGGGGAGGGGGGGAGGUUACUCCCCCCUCCCUCUGAACCAUUUUGACCAUGUUGUGCUGUCAUGUUGCCUACCUGGGGGAAAAAAAAAAAAAAAGUAUUAUUUGUGGUGGAUCGCUCUGGUGUUGUGAAUUCAGUUCUGAAGUUGCUUUUAUAGGUUUGUGUUAAAGGAAGAGAAGGAAGUUGGGGGGAAAAAAAAAAAGGAAAAUUGCUUUUGUUUUAUCUUUUCAUUGCUCCGCCAUGUUUGUUUUCUUUACUCAAAGUGAUGGUGGCUGUGUCACUCUUUUCACUUUGGCCAUCACUAUUAAAGAAAGUCUUGCUGGUGGCAAUGCAAGCUGUUCAGUG